AUGCGAAACCCCGAUCAUCGAUUCUACACAAAGGUGCACCGUAGUGACAGUGCCGUUGCUGAAAUAUUAGCGUCCCUACGAUUUCUUGUCAGUCUCUUUCGAGACGUGGAGAUGGAACUGUCCCCACAACGAACUCUUUACAGUAAGAUUUCUGCAGAGUUUGUCAGCAAUGGAAUGACAGAAGAUACAAUUAACGCCGAAAUAAAUAUUGAGCAGGUAGGAUUAGCAACAAGCCACCCCUUGUACUUAAUUAAGAGGAUUGAGAUUAAAACCCCCACGCUUCCCAUGGGGGUCUGUCAGGACAUGCAAGAAGAUGCCAUGCAUGUUAUGGUCAACGUGGUGACGGUGAUGCUUAUUCGUUCUUUCUCUAUCCAAGAGUAUUUCAGUAUGACUAUGGUAAUGAUCGUGUUGGUCGGUGGUUGUGUUAGUCAAUGUGGUUAUGAUCAUGGUGGUUAUUUUGGUCAAAGUGGUGGUGGCCGCGGUGUUGUGUUGUGUUGCGUUGGUCACUCUGGCGUGUCUCCUAGCCGCGUGACUUCAUCUUCAUUCACAUCGACCUUAGUCACUUCGGAGCUUCAGAUCCACAUACGUGUUUUGUCUUGGCCUAGGCACCUCGACGGUGCAUGUGACGUGCGACUCUCACGAAGCUACGUUGUCAUGUUAAGCACCACACAUCGGCUAUGUUGCAACGGCACCUAUGGAGCAAUGUCUCGCGCGAAGCACCACAUUGCGGCGCUGCAUGAAGCACCACCACUGCGCCAUUGUCGCACGCUGAUUUCUGGGAUGGAGAGGUUUGCAUUCAAAGGGGUGGCUUCAAAUAUGGUAACUUAUUUAACUGAUGUUAUGAAGAUGAGCAAUUCAUCAGCUGCCAAGACUGUUAAUAGUUGGGUGGGUUUUACUUCGAUGCUACCGUUGAUAAUGGCCACACUAGCAGACUCUUACUUGGACAAGUAUUCUACAAUCUUAGCCUCUUCGGUCCUCUAUGUCGCGGGGCUUUUAGCAUUGACAUCAACGGCUAGACGAUGGUCUUGGAAUCCGAUGAGCAAAAUCAGUUCGGCUUCUUCCCUUUCUUGGUCUCUAUACAUGAUAUCACUUGGCCAAGGGGGCUAUAAUCCGUCCUUACAAGCCUUCGGAGCCGAACAACUGGGAGAUGAUGACGGCUUACCUUGUACUAACAAUAAUGACCAAAGUUCCAACAAGAGGAGCUUAUUUUUCCACUGGUGGUACUUUGGUGUUUGUUGUGGAAGCCUCCUAGGUGUCUCAGUAAUGUCAUAUAUUCAAGACACUUUAGGAUGGGGACUCGGAUUUGCCAUUCCCACGAUUGCGAUGGUAGCAUCAAUCGCUAUGUUUUUCUGUGGAAACCGGUCUUACACGCACAAACAAGAGAGGAAUAUCGAUGGCAAGUCAUUUGAAGAAAUCGUUCAGACAGUUAGAGCCGCUUUAUCAAAGAUGAUCAAUCGUUGGAAUAAGCCUACUAACGAUUGCAAUGUAGCCGAACUAGAACUUCAAGAGAAAGCACUCUGUAGUCGAGAUCCUGAUACCAUCGAGGGCUUUGGAGAGAAUUUGGACGAAAGUAUUCAUCCCUUUCGAGCUGCAAAAAAGGUACUACAUCUGCUGCCGGUUUGGCUAAUGCUUCUUAUGUUUGCAGUAAUUUUUCAACAACCUGCAACAUUCUUUACCAAACAAGGAAUGACAAUGAGGAGGAACAUCGGCACAAAAGUCAAAAUCCCACCGGCCGCACUCCAAAGUGCAAUAACCGUGUCGAUUAUUAUUCUGAUGCCAUUGUACGACACAUGUUUCAUCCCUCUCGUACGUGUUUUGACAAGAAACAAAAAGGGAAUCACCGUUAUGCAGAGAAUGGGAAUCGGGAUGUUUCUCUCGGUCAUAGCAAUGGUAAUUGCAGCUGUUACCGAAAGAAAGAGGCUUCUAAUCAGUAAAGAAAUGCCAAAAUCUGAAUUAAUCCCAUUUAGCAUCUUUUGGCUGCUUCCUCAAUACAUCCUCUUAGGCAUUUCAGAUAUAUUCACAGUUGUUGGAAUGCAAGAGUUUUUCUAUUCUGAAGUUCCUGUAAGAAUGAGGACAACAGGAAUUGCUCUGUACACAAGUGUUUUUGGGGUAGGAAGUUUCUUAAGUGCCCUUUUCAUAACUCUCAUCGACUAUUUCACAAGUUCGAGAGGGACCAAAAACGGAUGGUUCUCGGAUGACAUGAAUGAAGCUCGACUCGAUAACUAUUACUGGUUCUUGGCUGUGUCGAGUGCAAUAAGCUUGUUAACUUUUGUGGUUUACUGUAGAUUUCUUAAAAGUAGAACGUGA